AUGUGGAGCUGGUCUGCUGGUGUCUCCGUGAUCCUCUGCUUGUCCCUCGUCCAAGAGCAAGAGGGUCAAGAAGCUUUCACUCCUUCGGCUCAUCAUCCAUACCAUCAUCAUCGUCAUCAUCAUCCUAUGGAGCUUUAUUCGGUUAUCGCCAACCCACUUACAACUCACAGUCGUACUAUUCCAAUCAACAGCCGUAUUACUACCGCCAAAGUACCGGUUGUGAAGUGCAACAAUACUAUGGAAUGGUUGGUAUGCAACAGCAAUAUUACUGUGUAUGCAAUGGAGUUGCGACAUACCAGUACGGAGGCUGCACGAGCUAUGGAUAUGGAUGAAUGGUGUGGGGGACGAUGGUUCAAGCCAGAGGAGGCGGAGGAGGAGGCGGUCGUGGAGGGGGAGGAGGACGUGGAGGAGGCCGAGGAGGAGGCCGUGGAGGCGGACGUGGAUAUGGCGGACAUGAUCAUGAUCAUUAUGCCCACGACCAUGGAGACCACUGGGGAGGAGGGGGAGGGUUACUACGGCGGAGGUGGAGGACCAGGACUUUUAGGGUUACUCGGAGGUGGUCUAUUCGGUUUCCGUCAGCCCUACUACUCACAGCAAUACUACUAUAACCAACAACCGUACUACUAUAACCAGCAACCGUACUACUAUAACCAACAACCGUACUACUAUGGGAUAGUUCUUGUGCAAGCCAGAAGAGGAAGAGACAGCGGAGGACGAGGCGGACGAGGAGCAGGAGGCAGUCGUGGAGGUGGAGGCCGAGGAAGUAGUAGUCGCGGAGGUGGUGGUCGUGGAGGUGGAGGUGGAAGUGGUGGAGGAGGUGGCCGUAGAGGAUGGAGCGGAGGAAGUAGUGGACGUGGAAGCGUAGGCCAUGGAGGUGGUGGUGGAGGAGGAGGUCGCGGAGGUGGCAGUAGCUGGAACGGUGAUCAUGGUGGAGGCUGGAAAAGUGGCCGUGGAGGAGGUUGGAAAGGUGAUCAUGGUGGUGGAAAGGGUGGCGGUGGCUGGCAGAGCGACCACGGUGGCAGAGGUGGAAGUAGCUGGAGUAGCCGCGGCGGCAGAGGUGGCGAUGGAUGGCAUGGUAGCAGUGGCAGCGGAUGGCAUGGAGGACCAGGAGGAGACAGGCGGAUGCCAAAAAUUCUUCUUUCAGGCUACUUCUUGAGAGGCGCAGGCUUAGGACUGCUCGGAUUCCUUGGUGGAGGACUACUUGGAGCUCCAUACUACUCUCAGCCGUACUUCCCACAGCCAGGCCCCGUUUGCGAAGUGCAACAAUUUAUGGGAAUAACUGACAUGCACGAGCAGUUCUAUUGUGAAUGCAAUGGCGUCGUAUCAUAUCAGUUCGGUGGCUGCGUGCUCUACUGA